AUGCUUCAAGCCCGAAUAGCUGGGCGCGUCAGUGUCAUCGAAAGAAGUGGGACCAGAACGCCAAGUCAUCAUCUGUCUUCUUCAAGAUCGAAUCAUACUGUGGAUAUAGAACGUAGUGGAGGCGUUUACAUUUCUGUUGACAAGCAUGUAACUAUUGAGCCGGAACGUGUUGUGCAGAACCCGAUACAAAUGAGGCCUUCACUCACGAUGUAUGGCGAGGAUCGUGAACACAGCUCUAUUGAGCUCUCUGAUCUUAGGAAAGGAGCUUCUAUUGCAUAA